ACAAAAAAACCUAAAAAAGGUAAUUUUUAAUGAUGGAGGCAAUUUAGGGUACUUAUGUGAGAAAAUCAGAAAUAAAAGUUACAAGUAAAAAUUUAUGAAAAAACUAUUUAAGAAGUUGAUUUGUGAUAUUACAUAGUAAUUGACAGUGUUGCUAACAUCUUUAUAUGGCUUUCAUAUUUUUACAUUUCACUCAUUAAGUCGGUCUACAGGGGUUGGUUGGUUGUUUAUUAGUGCCAGGAACUAGGAGGGAUCCUUGUGGCAGGAUCCAUAUGUGGCUAUUUAAACCCGCUCAAAAGCUACACGUGACUAGUAGCUACCAUAUUGGACAGUGCAAAUAUAGUAACUUCCAUCAUUGCUUAAGUGCUACUUUAAGCGCUGAUUUAGAAGACUUCUGAGGUAUGUGAUCUAUGAUGGAGAUGAGGAGAGUCUAAGCUGAAGCUACGGUAAUGAGAUGAACAGAAGGCAUCUCUCUGAGAUAGUGUGAUGAAAAGCAAUGUGGGGGGUGCCUUCUAGGUUUUUCCCUGGGUUAAGAGCUGGACUGUAGAACUGUUUACCAACAUUAAAUGUCAGAAGAGCAGGAUUUGGGAAAGGGGAUGAAAUCAGAUUUGGAUCCACUGAGAGAGAGGCAACUCUGGGACAGGCCAGCGGUAUCUCAAAGGCUGACGGAUCUCAGAAUGUGAUCUGUGGAAAGUCUGUGGAGACAGCUCUAAGGAAGGAACAGUAGCCCUGGGUAAGGACUACAGCCAUGCACUAGGGUAAGGGCACUCAGGGAAAGUAGGCAGCAAGAGAUGGUCAGAAGCUAACAUCAGGGCCUGGGGCACAGUAACAUUUAGGACAGGGUUUUCAACUGUGAACAGGUAAUGAAAUCAACAGACGAGAUCUCCACCAGCAUUUAAAAGUAGUAUAAAAUAUUAAUGUGCUUUACAUAUAAUUUGGGUAAAGAUCUUUUCCUGUACCUUUUUAAUGAAUAUAUUUACACACAUACAUGUAUACUGGGUUGCAAGGUAAAACAUGUAUCUGGGUUGUCUUCCAAUUAGUUUGAAUCCCACCAGUUUAUAAAAUGAGCACCAUCGGCUGGGCGUGGUGGAUCACACUUGUAAUCCCAGCACUUUAGGAGGCCGAGGCAGGUGGAUCACUUGAGGUCAGGAGUUGGAGACCAGCCUCACCAACAUGGUGAAACCCUGUCUCUACUAAAAAUACAAAAAAAUUAGCUGGGCGUGGUGGCAUGCGCCUGUAGUCUCAGCUGCUCAGGAGGCUAAGGCAGGAGAAUCACUUGAACCUGGGAGGCGGAGGUUGCAGUGAACUGAGAUCGUGCCAUUGCACUCCAGCCUGGCGACAGAGUGAGACUCCAUCUCAAAUAAAUAAGUAAAUAAAUAAAGAAAAAUAAAAUGAGCACCAUAGACUAUCACCUACAUGGGAAGUGAGAUAGUGUCCUUUUUCUCAUCAUUGCCUGAAAUUCUGGCACAUAGUAGGCACUCAGUAAAGACAUAUUGCAUAACGGAAUGAAUCAACAAGCCAGAGAAGAGGAAACCCAGUACAAGGGUGACUCAGAAGCUAAAUGAUAAGAAAAAAGAGAGAAAUAACCCCGUGUCAGAUGUCAGUGAUGUGGCAAUAUUGAGAGCAUGGAUGACCUUAUCUUUGUAAUUCCUAUGAAUUGGCAGCAUCCGGAGCCAGACUGUAGGGGUGAAUGGGAAGGGAGGAAGUGGAGAAAAGACAAACGAUAGUGGAGACUGAGAGGCUGUUUGUUUUGUAUUGAAGAUGUGAAAGUUCAGUAUGUAUUCUGAAGAAAUUAUAUAGAAAAGGCAGGUUCUAAAAACAUGCUGUCCAGGAAAGGAGCCACUAGCUACACAGAGCUAUUUAAAUUAAAAUAAAAAAUACAAUUUCUUAAUCACACUAGCUCCAUUUCAAGUUCUAAAUGGCCACAUGUGUCUAGAGACUACCAUACUGUGCAGAGCUGAUUAACAUUUCCUUCUUUGCAGAAAGGUCUUUUGGACAGUGCUGCUCUAGACAAAAGCUUUAAUUCAUCAUGUUUGUGCUGGCUUCAAUAAACAAGUUUAGGUUAAAUCAAUGCACAGCAUCGCCCAAUCUCUUCCUACCCAAAACAUUAUCCAAACCCAGCAGAAAAACUAUUGUGGGAUUAUAUCACAAUCUAUACAUGAUAGAUUCACAUGUGGUCUCAGUGGGUGAGAGUUAACCUUGGAAGAGGCCAGUGGAGACUUUAAAGGGGCUGCUAAAGCUCAGGAUGUGAUCUAGGGGUCUGGUCAUUAUAUGUAUUCGUAAUGUUUUCCCACCAAAGAUCUGUGACAAGUAGCAGCAGUUUGUGAUUGCUAAGCAUUACACAGAGAAAAGGAGCUAUGGGAUAGGGUAUAAGAAUGACAGGUAUUGGAGCAGUGCUGAAUAAGAAAGGUUGGAUAAUUCAGGCUAGGGUAGACAGAACAUCUUGGGUAAAAUGAGGUUAUUACAGUGAAAUUCUAGUUCUACAAAAGUAAAGUGACUGGUAGACAACAAAUAAAUCAUGUUUAUCACCUUAUAUUUAAUUUUUAUGGUUUUGUAUGGCACCUUAAUAAUAAAAAGGACUGUGGUAGAAGACUGAGGCAUUAUUAUCCAUCAAAGCUGUCCACUUAGACAAUGUUACUCAAGGUCCUGCUGACUUAUUGAAAUUAGAAAAAUCAAUUUUGUAAUUUUAAAAACAAAACCUCCAAUUUAAUGGAAAAAUCUGUUUUCAAUCACCUCUUUUAAAGGAAUAUAUUUUGCUCUGCCCAAUUAAAAAAAUCGUUAUUCAUGGGAUGAAGGGAUAGAAGAAAUGGACUGAGAACUGUAGAACUCUUGGCACAUGACUCCAUCCAAACCUCUGAGUUACUAAGAGACAAACUUUAGCAUGCCUUCUAGCAGUGUAAGAUCAUGUCCCUAGGAGAACCCCAGCUCCCCCAUGAAAAUGCCUGCCUGAGAAAGCUCAAUGCUACCAGGAUAAUUUACUGUUUGUUCUAGCCAACACCUGAUGAUAGGCUCCUGACCUCCCUUUCUCAGGGCGUUUAUUAAGGGCUUACAAUUAUGAAUCCUUCCUUCUUCUCUUCAAGGUGUUUAUGCGUCUGCUACAACUCAAGAGGUCCUUCUAAAGGACCUGAGAGCCAUUCCUUUGAAAUGGAUCGUCAGGAAAGGCAGAGCCUCUACCUCCCAAUCUCAGUGCAAGAAUAGCACAAUAGGCUGGGCGUGGUGGCUCACGCCUGUAAUCCUAGCACUUUGGGAUGCCCAGGCGGGUGGAUCACCUGAGGUCAGGAGUUCGAGACCAGCCUGGCCAACGUGGCAAAACCCCGUCUCUACUAAAAAUAGAAAAAUUAGCCAGAUGUGUUGGCAUGCACCUGUAAUCCCAGCUACUCGGGAGGCUGAGGCAGGAGAAUCUCUUGUACUCGGGGGUUGGGGGGCGGGACGGAGGUUGCAGUGAGCCAAGAUCGCGCCAUUGCACUCCAGCCUGGGCAACAAGACUGAAACUCCGUCUCAAAAUAAAUAAAUAAAUAAAUAAAUAAGCACUCUUAACUUCUAUAGCUGCUAGCUAGCAGACACAUCUGGCCUAAUCACAUCUAUGCCAAUCAAAUCUGUAAUUUUUCACUUCUCUGACACUAUUGAGCCCUGAUCACCUUCCUUCCCUCAUUCUCCCUUUGAAAUGCCCAAUCACUUCUGUACAAAUCCCUUUGAAAUGCCCAAUCACUUCUGUACAAAACUGAACAGAGGUCAGUUCUUUUCCUUUCUGUAAGCAGUUACUGAAUAAAGUCUUUUUCACUGCUUCAAUGUCUAGCUGGGUUGUCUCUGACAGGAUCCAAAAAGGAGGGGAAUUCAGCCCAUUUGCCUUUUCCAUCUGCAGGGCAAACUUUCAGUUGACUCUGAGGAAGUUACGCCUUUUGUGAAAACAAAACAUCCAAACCUGAACGAAGCUCUUCCCCUUAGGCUUAGGCCCUCGCCUCACCAAGCGACACCUAGAGGUGUCAACCAGGCGCUCGUUCAUGGACCUAGGUAACGAUACACAAUGCCAUGUAACAAACUCCUGCUCAUCGAGGGCAUCUGACCUUGGGUGCACGAGUGAAUUAAUUGAGUUAAUGUUGACUAAGUUCCUGAUUAGUAUUCACGGAGUAACUGGUGACCCCACCAAAAUGUCGUUCAAGUGCGAGGUCCAGAGGCCUCGAGGACUGGGAUUUACCCAUCGGAGCCGUCCGCUCAGACGCCGUUAGUAAGGGUUCCACCGACUUCACUGGAGUGAGGAAAGUCACUUUUGGAAAUCCACUUUGCCUUCGCCGGCGAAGCCCGCCAGUGCCCUUACUCGAGUUGCCCCAGGAGCCACUGCCGGAAGUUUACCAGCUCACUUUCAGCGUCGCGCCCGCCUUCGUGGACCAGGCCGGAAGUGGCUUUCGGGCAGCCGCCGCCGCAGCUCCGUAAAGCAAGAUGGCACUACUCGCUCUGAGGCUAUUAUCUCCGUUUUAUAUCUAGUAUUCCUCUUCUCACCAGUUACUCUCGAUUUCCAUCCCGCACCCUAACUUUCUUCAGCACCACAUUCUCAUAUUUUUCUUUCAUUCAGCCUCGGUGAGGAUGGUCCGGAGGCAACCUACGGCCAGCCUGAGCAACGCGGGGCACCAUUUUGUACGGAAACUGAAGGCAGGGCGGGGGCGUGUGAGGCCUCCCGAGGAGGCCCGGCUUGAGAGAGAGCGCGGGAGGGAGGGCGUUGUUCACCGAUGAUGUAUUUCCGCUUCUGAUCUGCCUGGUCGUUUUUGGUUGGAUCGGCUUGUUGCGGAGAGGGAGGGGAGAAGAUUGUUUGCAGCCUAGAAGCUCCGCGGACGGGAAGGUAAACUGAGCUCCCCAGAGACGCUCAUCCUACAGCCUCAGCUCAGGCCCAGCCUUCUCUCUUCAGCUGCCACCACAGCCUGGAGGCGCCUGCCUCCACCCUCCCGAAUGGUGCUCCUCCUAGCAGGCCUCGGCCCAGGAUCCAAGCCCCCUUUGCCCCCUGCCUUGGAGCUAUUGCUCCGGGUUUCUCAUAGUGGACUCCCUGUGGCGGGAAGGGAAGAACUUUUGCACAGACAAGGCUUCAGCUCUAGGAACCCCACUGACAACUUGAAUCUCAACCUCUAACCUAGUGUGAGGUUCUUCCUGUGCCCACCUUUUCUGCCUUUUGAGAAGAGAAACUCUUCUCCUGGCAUCUAGAGCCCAGGAAGCCCCAAGCUGGGGCCCUGGUCCCAGCAUGUCAGUCCUCUCUUGUGCAUAGGGCUCUGCCCUCCUCCUGUUAGCAUGGCUGAGCUCAGACAGGUUCCAGGAGGGCGGGAGACCCCACAGGGGGAGCUGCGGCCUGAAGUUGUAGAGGAUGAAGUCCCUAGGAGCCCAGUUGCAGAAGAGCCUGGAGGAGGUGGAAGCAGCAGCAGUGAGGCCAAAUUGUCCCCAAGAGAGGAGGAAGAACUGGAUCCUAGAAUACAGGAGGAGUUGGAGCACCUGAACCAGGCCAGCGAGGAGAUCAACCAGGUGGAACUACAGCUGGAUGAGGCCAGGACCACCUAUCGGAGGAUCCUUCAGGAGUCGGCGAGGAAACUGAAUACACAGGGUUCCCACCUGGGGAGCUGCAUCGAGAAAGCCCGGCCCUACUACGAGGCUCGGCGGCUGGCUAAGGAGGCUCAGCAGGAGACACAGAAGGCAGCGCUGCGGUACGAGCGGGCCGUAAGCAUGCACAACGCUGCUCGGGAAAUGGUGUUUGUGGCUGAGCAGGGCGUCAUGGCUGACAAGAACCGACUGGACCCCACGUGGCAGGAGAUGCUGAACCAUGCUACCUGCAAGGUGAAUGAGGCGGAGGAAGAGCGGCUUCGAGGUGAGCGGGAGCACCAGCGAGUGACUCGGCUGUGCCAACAGGCUGAGGCUCGGGUCCAAGCCCUGCAGAAGACCCUCCGGAGGGCCAUCGGCAAGAGCCGCCCCUACUUUGAGCUCAAGGCCCAGUUCAGCCAGAUCCUGGAGGAGCACAAGGCCAAGGUGACAGAACUGGAGCAGCAGGUAGCUCAGGCCAAGACACGCUACUCCGUGGCCCUUCGCAACCUGGAGCAGAUCAGCGAGCAGAUUCACGCGCGGCGCCGCGGGGGUCUGCCUCCUCACCCCCUGGGCCCUCGGCGCUCCUCCCCUGUGGGGGCCGAAGCAGGACCUGAGGACAUAGAGGACGGAGACAGUGGGAUUGAGGGGGCCGAGGGUGCGGGGCUGGAGGAGGGCAGCAGCCUGGGGCCCGGCCCCGCCCCCGACACCGACACCCUGAGUCUGCUGAGCCUGCGCACGGUGGCUUCAGACCUGCAGAAAUGCGACUCCGUGGAGCACCUGCGAGGCCUCUCGGACCACGUCAGUCUGGACGGCCAAGAGCUGGGAACCCGGAGUGGAGGGCGCCGGGGCAGCGACGGCGGAGUCCGUGGGGGUCGGCACCAGCGCAGCGUCAGCCUGUAGCCGAGGGGCCGGGGUUCCUGGCUUGAAUCUGCUACCACGGGCCGGUUGGGGCCCACAGUCUUCUCACGCCCUCUCCUCUGGGGCCUUGUCUUCCCGAAGGUCCCCUUCUCCAGUGCUUCCCUGGGAGAGGCCAGCUGUGUUCGAGUCCUCUGUGCCUGCCCUGGCGUUCUCACAGCCUCCCGCUUCCCCUCAGCAGGCAGCUCUCUUUGCCUUACCCAUUCAGAAGGCUUGCCCUCGGCGCUCUGUCUGCCUCUCCCUGCUAGCUCAUCCCAGUCUGCAGGGCAUUGACCCUUUGCUUUCCCUUUCUGCCCCCUCUCUUUCCAUCUGUUUGGCUUUUUCCCUCAGGGAACUUGGUCUAGAAGGCACUGGGAAGCUCAUCAGAGAAAAUGGGUGCUGGGCCUGAGUACUCCCGUCGGAGGGGAUGGACAGUCACCCCUCCCGUUGGUUUCCGACCCCGCCCCCAUUCCCAAGGCAACUCUGGAGGGCACCCUAGGUGUGCUGCUGAGCCCUGCACCCCCGUCCUGCUCCAGCCUGCCUGUGUGUAACCUGUAAGAUGUACUGUGUGCCUCUGGAAGACACCACCUUUCCCUUCAGCGUUACCUUUCCUGACCUGAGGCACCCUGCGAUGUGUGCCCCAAAGCAGAACUUACAGGACCUGCAGGAAGCUGGUGUCAGGGAGAGAAACCCAACCCCACUGUCAACAUAGGGAGCGUCACCAACUCCAGACUGGCUCCUGUGGGUGUGGUGUUUCCACUGGGCUUGGUCCUCAACAUUGCCAAGGUGCUAGUGGGUCCCUACCAGGGCCCAUGUUGGGGGUGAAUCAUGAGGUCCUGAAGGCGUAGGCCCCUGUCAUUCCCACCCUCACUCUUGCUGCACAGUUGUGUUUACUUUUUCUGGGUAGAGGAUGCUGAACUGACUCAGCACCCUCCUGCAGGGUGGGGUUAGGGAAUUUGGUGCUCAAUUGCUCUCCCUUGCUCUUCUCCAAACUGAACAAUACCUACUGCAGGAUCCCUCGGGGCACACUGAAGCUUGGCUGUCAACUCUCUUACUUCCUUUGUUACAGAGAGGGGUUGGCUUGGGGUGAAAAUUUCUGCCCUCCGCAGGGAGCAGCUCCAGCUGCCUGGCAGUGCUCCCAGUUUGUAGGGAAGCCACACCAGAUCUGGGUGCCUUGGGAGAACCGGUCCUUCCUUUUGACCCACCCCAGGAUGAUGGAGUGCUCUUGUCUAGGCCCACGUUCUGCCAGCGACCGGGAUGAGUGGGCAACUGGACUCUGCACGGGGGUCUACAGGUCGAGGGAGGUUGGUCACAAUGAGAACCUCGGGGUUUGAGGUGGCCACGGGCAGAGAGCAGAAAGGGAGGGAGGGUGUGGGUGUGCGUGCGUGCAUGUGCUGGUGUGUAAGGGGGAAAGGGUCUUUCCUGGUUUUAUUUAAAUAAAGUAGUUUAUGUAACAGUUAA